AAACAAAUGUAUAUGAUGUCUGCAUUUCUUUCAUUGUUUUCUGCCUCAAACGAAUAUCGAAAAACAAUGAAAACGACAUUUCCCAGUUUCCGGGAACACAAUGAUGACGUUGAUUUGUCCUACAUGACUCGUGUCGACAUGAGUGUACAUUUUCGGUUUUAAAUCUUGCCUGUUUAUAAGUAUGAAUGUGAUCGUGUCAGUACAGAACAGUGUUAGUAAUCGCGCUGCUAUCAUCUGUGUGUUAUUGGUGCUCGUAUUGGCGGCGGUUUUCGGGCGGUUUGCGGUGGCAGAUGAUCUAACACACAGUCAAACUAAUGAAGAGUCUUUCAGUAAUAGAGCUGACAGUGAUGCACACGACCAGAGUAACACUGGUGGAGACACACAACCGGCGAUCAGGUUGAAUGACACAGAAAUCUCCAGCAAUGAAACUGUUCAAACAACAACACUCGCGCCUAAGCACACAACCCCAGCACCUCCUAAAAAUGAUGAGCCAAUCCUGCCGGUGCAGACGGGUGUCAAAGCCCAGGAAGAGGAGCAGUCCAGUGGGAUGACCAUCUUCUUCAGCCUGCUAGUAAUUGGUAUAUGUAUUAUUUUGGUUCAUCUGCUGAUCAAAUUCAAGCUGAACUUUUUGCCUGAGAGUGUAGCUGUGGUCUCUCUGGGUAUUCUGAUGGGCGCGUUUAUCAAGAUCAUUGAGUCUCAGCAGUUAGCCAACUGGAAGGAAGAGGAGAUGUUUCGCCCAAAUAUGUUUUUUCUUCUACUAUUACCACCAAUCAUUUUUGAAUCGGGAUACUCAUUACAUAAGGGAAAUUUCUUUCAAAACAUCGGCUCAAUCGCAUUAUUUGCUGUUUUUGGAACGGCGAUCUCUGCCUUUAUAGUGGGUGGAGGAAUCUACUUUCUGGGACAGGCUGAUGUCAUUUACAAGAUGACAAUGACGGACAGUUUUGCAUUUGGUUCUCUGAUCUCGGCUGUGGAUCCAGUCGCCACUAUCGCAAUCUUCAACGCACUGAACGUGGACCCUGUGCUGAACAUGCUGGUGUUUGGAGAGAGCAUCUUAAAUGACGCCGUCUCCAUUGUGUUAACAAAUACAGCGGAAGGGUUUGCUGGCUCAGACGUCUCAACAGGCUGGGAGACCUUCUUGCAGGCUCUCGCCUACUUCUUGAAAAUGUUUUUUGGCUCGGCUGCUUUGGGCACGCUCACUGGACUUAUCUCUGCCAUUGCGCUGAAAUACUUUGACCUGAGGAAGACUCCAUCUCUCGAGUUUGGAUUGAUGAUUAUAUUUGCCUAUCUGCCGUACGGCCUCGCUGAGGGCAUUAAACUCUCUGGUAUCAUGGCCAUUCUGUUCUCCGGUAUCGUCAUGUCUCAUUACACUCAUCAUAAUUUGUCUCCGGUCACCCAGAUCCUCAUGCAACAGACGCUUCGGACCGUAGCCUUCAUGUGCGAAACAUGUGUGUUUGCCUUCCUCGGUCUGUCCAUCUUCAGUUUCCCUCAUAAGUUUGAGCUGUCUUUUGUCAUCUGGUGUAUAGUCCUGAUACUUGUGGGUCGGGCUGUGAAUAUCUUCCCUCUCUCCUUUCUUCUCAACUUCUUCAGAGAUCACAAAAUCACCCCAAAAAUGAUGUUCAUAAUGUGGUUCAGUGGUCUGCGAGGUGCAAUCCCAUACGCCCUGAGUCUUCAUCUGGGUCUGGAGCCCGUAGAGAAACGCCAGCUCAUUGGCACCACCACCAUAGUCAUCGUACUGUUUACAAUUCUGCUGCUAGGGGGGGGCACCAUGCCUCUUAUUCGCAUCAUGGACAUUGAGGAGAGCCAAUCACGCCGCAAGAACAAGAAGGACAUUAACCUGAGCAAAACUGAGAAAAUGGGUAACACCAUUGAGUCUGAGCAUCUGUCUGAGAUCACAGAGGAAGAGUAUGAGGCUCAGAUUUUUCAAAGGCAAGACCUAAAAGGCUUUCUGUGGCUUGAUGCCAAAUAUUUGAACCCUUUCUUCACCCGUAGACUCACACAGGAGGACCUGCUGCAUGGGCGAAUACAGAUGAAGACUCUUACUAAUAAAUGGUAUGAAGAGGUCCGUCAAGGUCCGUCGGGUUCUGAGGAUGAGGAAGAUGAAGCAGAACUGCUCUGAGACCCUUUCAAGGGUGGAGAUCUAACAUAAGCGGUUCUUUCACGUUGUAGCAUCAAGUAUAUGAAUGUGGCACAAAGCGGUGCAGGGAUGGGAUGAGGUGAAGGGAUAACUGUGAGGAUGUGUUACGUCACAACAUUGAUGGAGGUCAAAGCAAAAAAUAAACUGCAAUAUUUCAUACCUUUUUGAAAUCUUUUUUUAUAACAAUGUAAUGGCUGUGUAUAUAAUUAUUUUGUCCACUACAGGGAAAUGACAUCAAUGAAUGUUUAUGUGAUUGACAUUGAUUUAACCAACGUAAUUAUUGAUUUUGUGAAGUAUUUAUUUGCUCUAGUGCAAUGAUAUGGGAGUUUUUUUUAUGUGCUUUACUAUGCUAUACUUUUUACUGAGUUUAAAAUUAUUCUAAUGAAGAUGAUUUGUGAUUUUGAACAAUGUAUAUAUGCAUAAUAAAUACAGAUGAAAUAUG